CACAGACAGAGACACACACACACACACAGACUGACAGAGACACACACAUACACACAGACACACACAGACUGACAGAGACACACACACACACACACACAGAGAGUGUGUGGUGAUGGGGGGCCGCUGCGUCGCGACGCGCUUCACGCGGAUUUAAACUUUUGUCACGCACGAUGCCAAAGCGCACGUGUGUGCGGCGCGCGCUCCCGCUCUGUAUCCUCCUCUUCUUCCUCGCGCUGAUGUGCCUGAACCUCCAGCGGCGCCCCGGACCCCCGCCCCGACCCGCGCCCGGAAACAGCGCGUCUCCGGCGGCUUCCGUCACGGCCGAGCGCCGCUCCAUCCAAGAGCUCCGCGCGCCCCCCGCUGCGCCCGGGCCACGCGCCUCUGACCCGCGGCGCGGGGUCACCGCGCGCCCGCUGAGUCUGGAGGACGUUUACAUCGCGGUGAAAACCACGCGGAGGUUCCACCGGACGCGCCUGGAGCUGCUCCUGCUCACGUGGAUCUCCAGAACCAAAGAACACACUUUUAUUUUCACUGAUGCUGAAGAUGAAGAACUCAAGUCGUCAGGGUUUCAUGUGGAGGUGACCGGGUGUGGGUCUGAUCACAGUCAGGAGUCUCUGUCUUGUAAAAUGUCUGCUGAAUACGACGGCUUCAUCAGCUCCAACAAAAGGUGGUUCUGUCACGUGGACGAUGACAACUACCUGAACCCUGGAGCUCUGCUGUCUCUGCUGCGCUCCUUCCCCCAGGACGGGGAGGUGUACGUGGGCAGAGCGAGUCUCGACCGGCCCCUGAGCGCCCACGAGCUGCUGGAGGACAACACGACGAGGGAGGUGCACUUCUGGUUCGCCACAGGAGGCGCUGGUUUCUGCCUGAGUCGAGUUGUGGCAGAGAGGAUGGCUCCGUGGGCCAGUGGGUCUGAGUUCGAGAAGACGUCGGCUCUGAUCCGUCUCCCUGACGACUGCACCGUGGGCUUCAUCGUGGAGCAGAGACUGGGACUGUCCAUGGUCCACUGCCCCCUGUUCCACUCCCACCUGGAGAACCUGCUCCUGGUGCAGCAGAAGGACCUGAGCUCACAGGUCACUCUGAGCUACGGCAGGCUGGACGACAAACUCAACACCGUCGAGGUCAGAGGCGGCUUCAGCGCGGAGCAGGACCCCUCCAGGUUUAAGACGGUGCACUGUCUGCUCUACCCCUUUACCAGCUGGUGUCCGUGACCAAACCCAAAGACUCAAGUGUUACUGUGGUCCACUUAUAGACUGUUCCCAGUUUAGACCUGGUUUAGUUCUGGUUUAGUCUGGUUUAGUUCUAGUCUAGUCCUGGUUUAGUUCUGGUUUAGUCCUGGU